UACGGAAUAAAUAGUAGUAUUUUAAAAUCGUAUCAAUAAACACACAAAAAAAUAUGAAAACGUUAAAAACUAUUGUUAUAGCACUAUUAAUAAUGCACUUAAAUUUGAUGGUACAAGCAAAAUCUGCUAUAGCCCACAAAGAACCCUGUGAGAAUUUCUAUGAAUACGCCUGCAGUAAUUAUAGCCAGCAGAAUCCUGAUCCUAACUAUAGUGAGAUAACCCAACAAUUAGAUUACCAAAUUAAUAUAAAGUUGCUGCGACUAUUUGACAAGGAAUUUCGAAAUCGGUAUUAUAAUCGUAAAACAAGAAAAGUAAAUAAAAAAAUGUUUAUGUAUUUGGACUCAUGUAAUAUAGAAAGGCAAAGAAAUUUAAGAAAAUAUUUUAAUGAAAUAAAACCGAGUAACAAUUUAAAUUGGCCAUUGUUGGGUCAUAAUAGUCAAUGGUUGCCAGCAGAUAUAAAGGGUAAUGGUUCAACAGAAAAAGAAUCGGAUUCUUCAGAGAACAAAUUUUAUUCUUCGGAGAGUGAAAGUUAUAAUUCCUCUUCGGAAGAAGAACUUUAUUUGGAUAAAAACUUAAUUUUUUGGUCUUUAUUGGGAGAAAUACAAUCGCAUGGUUUAAAUGAUGUCCUAGUAAAUCAUCAAAUCAUUAGGAAUAAAGAUGACUCUCUUAAUAUCAGACUGGCUCCAGCUCCACUUGAUGAAGGUGGUUCCCUACCCGAUAACACGAUUUUACAAGUAUUGUUAAAGGCUUUGCGUAUAGAGGACACAGAGCCAAUAAUACAACAAUUGCAUAAUACCGAUUUUAAAUGGCAAAACCUAACGCAAAACUAUGCUGUUAACAAUCACAGUAUAGAGACAAAUUUGAAGCUUAUAGAUAAGCACUAUACCAGUCGGGGGUUAAAAUUAUAUUUUAAAAAUCUACUGGGUUCACAGUUUAAUAAAGUUUCAAAUAUCACUGUAGAAAAUCCCGAAUAUUUUGAGUAUUUAAAUGGAAAACAAUGGACCAACGAGGAGCUGGAACAUGUUUGUAACUACUUAAUGAUGAAAUUUCUAUUCUAUUUAGCAGAAGAUAGUACAACUGAAUUUACACCGCUCGCUUGUAUAAAGGAUUUAAGACGUAAAUUUGAUCUGGCAGUAAAUUAUUAUUUCUAUGAACAUGUUUUUAAAAGAGAAGCAGACCAUUUUGAAAACAGUUUAAACAACUUGAGGUUCAAAAUCAAAGAUACCAUGGCAAAAUAUUUUGAGGAAAAUUAUUUAAAUCUAACUAGCAGGCAAAUUAAUUAUCUAAAAACAAAACUAAGAUAUAUGCCUAUAAAUAGUGGAAAUUUACCAUAUGAUUUUAAUUCCAAAAUUGUGAAACAGUUUUAUCGGGGUUUAACUGAUUUAGAUAAACGCAAUUACUAUAAAAAUCAUUUGUUGCUGUUGAAACAUCGCUUUCGGAAGUCUUUGUAUUACGCUCAAACUGAAAGUCAUUUCAUAGUGACUGACAACCAUAUGGGUGCGGUUUCCUCGCCGUUUUAUGUGCUGCAACAGAAUAUGGUGGUCGUACCAUUUGGCAGUUUCCAGUCGCCCCUAUUCAACUACACCCAAACACCUAUUCAACAGUUAUCACUUUUCGGUUUUGUUUUGGCUCACGAACUAACUCAUGCAUUUGAUACCACCGGCCUUAAUUACGAUAAACGGGGAUUUCCUUUAUCCUCUCCCUCUGAUAUAAUGGAUCAUGCUAAUUUCUCCAACUCCUUAGAAUGUAUGCAACAUCAGCAGUUUACUGAAGACAUUGAUGAACGUAUUGCUGAUCUCUUUGCUAUACGAGUCGUAUAUCGUACUUAUUUGGAAAACUAUGCAAAAGAAAAUGAAGCAGAUGAUUGGCGGAAAGAGUUUUUCCUAAAUUUGGCACAGUUUUUCUGUGGCAAAGAUAAUCUAAAUUUUAUUGAUCAUGAUACAGAUGCCGUACGUUUGCAGCAAAUUUUAAUGAAUUUUCAACCUUUCUCGGAGGCCUUUGGUUGUAUAGCAAAUAGUCCUAUGAAUCCUAAAACUAGAUGCAGACUUUAUUAGGAAAAUGCUUUUUUAUGGUGUGCGUCGAUAUUUUGUUUAAGUUUAGGAUUAUAAAACAUUUUUGCAAACAAUUGCUCUAGCCACAUUUAAAACUCUUUUAGAAAUAAUCGGAAUUAAUAAAAAAAAUAAAUAGAAUCACAUUACAAUAUUUUUCGUGUAAAAAUAUUUUAAACGCUUCACUAAUUAGGCCUAUAUGUAAUAUUUGUAAUAUAAAACACGUAUACGUACUGGUGUCGUUAAUAAAAGGAAUAAAUUUUUAAAAAUUAAACACUUUCCACUUGCAACGAAAAACUGAAAAUGCCUUUU